CUCAACUGUUUUACUCUUUUCAGCUUCGUAGUUUCCCCUUUUGCUUCGUUCUCCCUCUGUAUCAACGCACCAAAAGGCAAAUAGUCUCCAUCGCUGCUAGUUGGAGGAGUCGAUCUUCGGCCGGCGGCGACUUCUCGUAAUCCUCGACGAAUCCCAAUGCAGCUCCUCCGGCGGAUCGCCUUCUUUCUCCUCUCCUUCGCUUGCCUCCACCUCGCCGACGCGAAGGCGCCUGCUGUGGCCUUCAUUUCGUACUACUCCAAGUUCUGCCACCAAACCGUCCCGGAGUCUCCGGAAACCUCUAAGCCGGUGAAUUCGGCUAGCGGCGAGGACAGGACUCUCAACUUCGACAUUGCGUACUUCACUGGCGGCAGCCAAAUCUUCCCAGGUAAAUCCUCGCUAGACGCCGAUGGAAUCACGCUCUCUUUCCACCCCAAACGCCGCACUAUGUUCGUCACUGAGAAUCCCGACGUAAUCAAGCUCCAAGCGACUCUCAAGUUCCACCUCCCUCCCCGAGGUUACUCGAUGUGGCAGGGGAACAGGAAUUUGAGAGAGAUCCACUUCCGAGGGCCGAGAAUUCCCGUGAGGACCAAGUCCGUAGGGUUCGAGUUCUUUGGCUUUUGGUCUAGGAAGUCAGGGGAACUGUGUAUGGUGGGAUCUGGAUCCAGUCUUGGAAGCUCUCACGCUGCUGCGAGUUUUGCUCCUUCUUCGAGUGUUGUUCUGAGGCUCAAGUAUCCGGUUAGUGAUCCAGGGAACGUUAGUAGUUUGAUUCUUGGCUCUUUGGAGAGUGUUAGCCCUGGAGGGAGUUUGGAUUACUUCGAACCUGUUUCCAUAUUGGCUGUUCCUCACUUUAGUGAAUAUAAGUACUCGUUGAUGAGUGGGGGAAAGGGAAAUUGUUUGAGGAGAAGUGAUGGUGGAAUGGAAGAGAAUCUUCCUCUUGAGUUGAAGGAUCAAAGUGUAUGCUUAUCUCAGUUGUACCAGCAUGCUAGGAGUUUCGAACUGGAGUAUGGCAGCGAAUGUAGCGAUGGCUCGAACAGCAGCAAAUGCAAUCCUCUUACUGCUGAUUCUCAGGGUUUGCCUGGUUUUAUGACUAUUCAAGGUAUUAGAUGUGAACCCAACCGUGGUAUCAGAGUCUUAGUUGGGUUUCAUAACUCUAUUGAAUAUUGGUCUCGAGCUUUUGGUUAUGGCAGAGUUUUCAACCCGAAUAGUAUGCUACUCGGUGAGGGAGCGUGGGAUGAAAAGGAGAAUAAGCUCUGUGUGAUAGCAUGUCGAGUCUUGGGUUUUAACCGUUCCUUGCAUAAUGCUUCUGUUGGUGAUUGCUCGGUUCAACUGAACUUGAGAUUUCCCAAGAAGAUGACCAUUCAACAUAGGAGUAAUGUAGUUGGUCAAAUUUCAAGCAGCAAGAGUGUUAGUGACGCAGGCUACUUUCCCCCAAUUGGUUUUCAUGGCACUAAGAAUAAAGUAAGGGGUCUGCCUGGGGUGAAAUAUGAGUACACUAUGCUUGACUUGGUUGGUAAAUCUUGUGCUGAAAAGAAAAGCACAAAAGGAAAAGGGCCGUACCCUAGUCCUUAUUCCUACGACAUGAGAUUUGAUAUGUCGGUGACCAACAGCAAGGGAGAGAAAGCAGAAGGUAAUGCAUCGCCUUUUUUUGUGGGUGAGCAGUUUUAUGAGCCAUACCGAAUGCACAGCGGAACUAACAGUCGCCUAAAUCUCAGCUACAGGAUCACUUUUGCACCAUCUUCUGAUUUUGAGCUCGGAGAUCAAACUUUGUCGAAUAGGUCUAUUGAUUUCUCAGCUGAAGGAACUUAUAACAAAGAGAAUGGUAUAUUGUGCAUGAUCGGUUGCCGCCAUUUGGUAUCUCAUAUUAAACACCCUACUAGAAAUGAGACAACUGAUUGUAAGAUCCUUAUCACCAUGCAAUUUGCUCCUCUGAAUUCGAAAACUAGAGCUGAUAUCAUGGGAAGCAUUGAAAGUACGCGGGGAAAGGAAGAUCCUCUUUACUUUGGCAAACUUCAGGUAUCUUCGCAUUCGAUCUACAUUAAACAAGCUGCAGACUCCAUCUGGAGAAUGGAUAUAGAGAUUCUCCUGGUCUUAGUUACUAAUACUCUUGCUUGUAUCUUUGCGGGGCUGCAACUUUAUCAUGUAAGUAAGCACCCUGAUGUCCUGCCCUUCUUAUCUUUUGUUAUGCUUGUUGUUCUUACAUUGGGCCACAUGAUACCGUUGCUGUUAAACUUUGAGGCGAUGUUCGGAGCAACCUCGAGCAGACAGAAUGUGUUUCUUGGAAGUGGUGGGUGGCUGGAGGUGAAUGAAAUAGUAGUGAGGAUGGUUACAAUGGUAGCAUUCCUUCUCCAGUUCCGCCUUCUCCAACUUACUUGGUCUUCUAGGCAGACUGCUGAAAGUCGGAAAAGCUUGUGGCUUUGUGAGAGAAAGGUUGUUUAUCUAUCUUUACCCCUUUAUGCCGCCGGUGGGUUGAUUGCAUGGUAUGCACACCAUUGGAAGAAUUCCUACAAAAGGCCAUAUCUUCAAACCAGCCACAGGUUUUAUCAACCGCAGCAUUAUCCUUGGGACGAUUUCAAGUCUUAUGCUGGUCUCAUUCUUGAUGGAUUUUUGCUCCCACAGAUAGUAUUCAACUUGUUUCUGAACUCGAGCGAACAUGCUCUGUCCUUGUCUUUUUACAUGGGAACGACUUUCGUCCGCUUGUUGCCACAUGCAUAUGACCUAUACAGGGCUCAUAGUUCCUCCUGGUACCUCGACUUGUCGUACAUCUAUGCAAACCACAGGCAGGAUUUUUACUCCACAUCUUGGAACAUUAUCAUCCCCAUCGGCGGCUUGCUGUUUGCUGCAAUUAUUUACUCGCAGCAGAGGUUUGGUGGCCGUUGCAUUCUUCCAAAGAGAUUUAGGGCAAGUUCUGGAUAUGAAAAGGUACCUACAAUCAACAGUGAGGAGAUGACUACAUAUAGUCAGCAAUGAAUUUUACUCGGAGGAUUAGCAAAGAUUUUUUUGUAGCUUGUGCACAGACAGAAUUUUGAUUCUCAAGGGCAAACUUCUCUGGAAAAAGGUACCAAAUAAACCCUUUCUCUUAAACAUCUUCCCAGGUACUAUGUUUUCUAUUUUCCAUGCUUGCUUUGAGGAAAUGAUUUCUGAUCCAAUUUAUCUGAACAUUGAUUACAGCGGGAUGAAUGCUUCAUAUACAGCAGGUAACACUCUCAGGUAUCAAGGCUAUAACGAUUCUUUUCCAACAACGAAAACAGAAAGAGGGACAGAAUUUGACAACUCCAUUCUGGAGAUGACUAGCUGAAUAGUUCUUGAUGAUGGAUUGUUAGUUAGUAGAUACAAGUGUCUUGUUUUUCCCUACAUUUACAGUAUCAAUCAUAUAGACGACUAGCUGGGUUGGUGCUCGAUGAAUCGAUUGUUAGUUCGUAGAUACUCGCGUGUUCUUUUUCCCUACAUUUACAGUAUCAAUCCUAUUUGUAAGUAGAUCAUCACCUUGAGUAUGCCUGUGGCAAAGUGAUAUUGCUAUCAUUGCUUAUCAAUCAUCUCAUUCUCUUCAGCCGUUCACAAGUCUACUCCCACAGCUAUUCCAUUACUUGCUCUUCUCUUUCCAUGAACCAUAUAUGUCGUCGAACUUGUUGCCUGAUCGCAGAUGUUUACAGCGAAGUGGAAGCGCGCGGUAACUGUGCCUGUGAUAGGAAGUGUACAGUGUGGAAGUUUGAAUCUACGUGAUGGGCUUGUAUGGCUUUAGCUAGUAGGGAACUGCAAUAUGAUUACUUGUUUAGCAAGAUAAUGUCAAUAUUCAGCAAAGUCCGUGAUCAUCGGACCACAUGUUGAGCACUUUACGAUCGUUGAAUAGACGAAGUGACAUUUU